AUGGCACACCAUCAACUUCAAAAAAAUAUUUUUUCUUUCCUUCCUUACCUGUUGUUGAGAGCUCCGAGAAGAAGUGGAGCGACCAUUCAAUUUUCAUCAUCAUCACUAUCGGAUUUAUCAUCUGUAAUUUUUAAAAGGAUUGGAAUUUUCAAUAAUAACCGGAAGAGCAAUAAUUAUAAUUUUUGUACCGAAGGAGCACGAAAGUAUCAUUCGAUUUGUUGUAGAGCCUCUAUGAUGAUUUCUGAAGCAAAUGACGGAAAUACAACGACCAAUGAGAAUGGUCUCACAAAUGAGGUGAAACCAGUUUUGGAGAGGAUAUACAACACAAGCUACAAGAAUUGCAUUGAUUUUUUGACCGAGGACGCCAAACUUAAUGAAGAAUUGGGUAAAAUCGAUAAACACGAAGCUGUAAAAAUAUUUCCAGAAAAUUCUCUUCAAAAGUAUUUUGUGUACAGCAAUUUAUAUGAAGCGCUCAUAUUGGAUGCUAAAACAAGGUGUAGAUAUUGCUGGAUGAUCAACAAACAAUGUCUUUGUGGAAAACUAAAGCCAUUCACGUUUUUACCAAAGUGGACAAAAAAUGUGGAAUGCUCUUCCAAUACUAGUAGCGACUACUCACUUCACACUAAAAAGGUUGAGAUUAAUCUUCAUUUACAUUUUCUAAUGCACAAGAAAGAAUUCCACAAAUCUACAAAUAGUGUGAAAAUAUUACUACACACAGAUGCAACACAAACGGCUCAUUUAUACAUUGACCAACAUGAGAUGCAUGAAGCGGUAAUUAAGAAUCUUGUGGAGGUGGCGUCACAGCCUGGAAGUAACCAAUUUGUUUAUAUUCUCUUUCCGUCAGCAGAUUCUCAGACAGUGGCUCAAGCUCUUCCUGAGGACAUUGGAUCACUUUACAAAAAUUUAGACGACAGAAGAACUGGAUUUAUAGAAUCAGUUAAUGACUUUCAUUUCCAUGUUUUUGUGCUGGAUGGCACAUGGAACGAAGCAAGAAUGUUAAAUAGGCGAGACUCGUUUGCUGGCUGUAGGCGGAUCAAAAUAGAUGUACCAACAAAUUACAAUUAUGUUUUCAAGCUCGUUCGUACAGGAAAAGUUGAAGGACGAAUUAGCACCCUAGAAGCAGUAACUUUAUUGUUGAAAGAUUUUAACCAAGUUUGCAAUUCUGAACUAGCUGUCAAUGGGGUAAUACUGAAGGAAUGUGAGGAAAGCCCAAAUUUUGAGAGUUCCAUUCAAUCAAUCUAUGAAAACUUGAACACAAUGAUUGACAUCUCGUGUGUCAAAUCAAGAAGGCAUGGUUUGGUGGAAAAAUCUUUAAAGAAUUUUCAGUAA